AUGAGCCACUUGUCGCGUGUGCGAGCGCGGCGCACGCCCUCGUUCGGAGGCUCACAGGUGCUUACGAGUGGCAUCAGCUACUCGAAUGCGCGUGCAGCGGCGCCUGCUAUUGAGCUGUCGGAAGACCAGCGGCAGGAGAUCCGCGAGGCAUUUGAUCUGUUUGACACAGACAAGGACGGGGCCAUUGACUACCAUGAGCUGAAGGUGGCGAUGCGUGCGCUGGGCUUUGACUUGAAGAAGGCCGAGGUGCUGGAUAUUUUGCGCGAGAACGAUCCAAGUGGCACGGGCCUGCUGGACUGGCCAGCCUUUAACCGACUGAUGACGGAGCGCAUCGCCGCACGCGAUCCCCGCGAAGAGAUUCUGCGCGCAUUUGCGCUAUUUGACGAAGACCAUACGGGCAAAAUCUCUUUGCGCAAUUUGAAGCGCGUGGCCAAGGAGCUGGGCGAGAGCCUGGACGACGAGGAACUACAAGCUAUGAUCGACGAGUUUGAUCUCGAUCAGGACGGCGAAAUCGACGAGCAAGAGUUUCUGCAGAUCAUGAUGGACGAGCCAUAG